UGUUGCCACGCUGACGCAUUCCCUGUCUCUGCCAUUUCACUACAUAAAAGAGAGGGAGAGGAGCACUAGGGUUUUAGCCAAUCUCCCCCAGUAAAGAGAGGCUCAAUUGAGUUAGGCUGUGAGUUCAUACAUAAAAGUAAAAAUGGUUGCAGACAAGGGGAAGAAGAUGAAGGUGGCAGAGAAAGGAGAGGAGGAAACUAACCAAAUCGAUGAAGCGCUCGUCCUCUCAAUCGAGAAGCUUCAGGAGAUCCAAGAUGAUCUCGAAAAGAUCAAUGAGGAGGCAAGUGAUAAGGUCCUGGAGGUAGAGCAGAAAUAUAAUGAGAUACGCAAGCCAGUCUAUGAUAAGCGGAAUGAGAUAAUUAAAACCAUUCCUGACUUCUGGUUAACAGCUUUCUUAAGCCAUCCGGUUCUUAGUACACUUCUAAAUGAAGAGGAUCAAAAGAUAUUUAAAUAUAUAAGCUCCCUCGAGGUGGAGGACUUUAAAGAUAUGAAAUCAGGCUACUCUAUAACAUUUAACUUUCAACCGAAUCCUUAUUUUGAGGAUACAAAGCUUACGAAGACUUUUACAUUCCUUGAUGAAGGAACAACUGAAAUUACUGCUACACCAAUUAAAUGGAAACAGGGCAUGGGCAUAGCUAAUGGUGUUACUCAUGAAAAGAAGGGGAACAAAAGGCCUUUGGGUGAGGAAAGUGGUGGCUUUUUCUUCUGGUUUAGUAGUACUGAGUCUGAGCAAAAAGAAUUAGAUGACAUGCAGGAUGAGAUUGCCGAGAUCAUCAAAGAGGAUUUAUGGCCCAAUCCGCUCUCUUAUUUCAACACUGAUCCUGACGAAGAGGAUAUGGAUGGGGAUGAUGCUGAUGAAGGGGAUAAGGAUGGCGAGGACUCAGAUGAUGAUGAUGAUGAUGAUGAGCAAGAGGAGGACGACGAAGAUGAUGAUGAAGAUGGUGAUGCCGAAAAUUGAGUACUUUGUUUACAUAUAUUAUUAUGUCAGUUUUUUGCCUUUUGGUUUAACAGCUUGUGUAAAGUGGUCUUUAAGGUUGCUGAGUAUCAACAGGUGAUAGGGAGGAUUACCAAUCUUAACAUUUUAUAAUAGCUUCCUCUAAUGUGUAGGUUAUGUGACUGGUACCAUAUUCAGUCUGUUGUUUUCUGAUGACUUUUUAUUUUCCAGGCAAGGCCUUUGAUUUUGUUCAUCUAUCCCAUAGAUGCAUGUUUUAGAUGAUGUUAUGGUAUGAUGAUGGCGUUAAA